CUCGAGGUGUCCCUGCGCUCUAGCAAACACCUCUUUUUAACAAAAAGUUAAGAAGUAGGAUUUUUUUUUUUUCGAAAGACGCAAUGGCGCAGUCAGGCACUCCUUACAAACUUGAUCCUGACCAGGUCUUGCGUGCGGCCACCGCUCUACUCAAGGCGAUUGAACGCUCUAAAGAGCAGAUCAAGACCGAGAAACCUGGCAAGAAACCGGAUCUGUUCGACGCAGAUGGUGAAGAAGGGGCGGAUGCCAAGGACACCCCAAUAUGGCUUGUCUUCACCGCAAAGAAGCACAUUCUCGACAGCAACAGACUGAAGCCGGGCAAAAUAAAGGUUCCACACCCUGUCCUGACGAGCGACGACUCUAAGAUAUGCCUCAUCACUUGUGAUCCGCCUGCAGGCCGCCCAACUGCCUACAAAGAUCUCGUCGCCUCACCCGCAUUUCCAGCAGAGCUCAAACAGCGCAUCACAAAAGUAAUAGCCAUCUCCAGACUGAAGGCAAAGUAUGGAAAAUCGUUUGAGGCCAAGAGACAAUUGCUUGCAGAAUACGACAUCUUCCUUGCCGAUGAACGCAUCAUUACCGGCCUUCCCAUGAUUCUAGGCAAGGUUUUCUUCAAGUCCACGAGCAAGAGACCGAUCCCCGUAGAUCUCACCGGUAAGCUAAGAUACGCCGGCGAGGGACGGCCGGACAAGACCAAACUGCCUGCGAAGAAGAAGGGCGUGGCUUCGGAGAUCAUUGGUGCUCCAGCAGACAUAGCUGCCGAGAUCGAGAAGACGCUGCAGACUACCCUGGUGCACCUUGCGCCCUCGGCGACGACGAGCGUCAAGGCGGCGCUCGCCGAUUGGACGCCCAAAGACGUAGCGGAAAAUGUGGAAGCCAUCGUCGAGAAGAUGGUCGAGCAGUAUAUUCCAAAAAAGUGGCGGGGCGUCAAGUCGAUACACAUCAAGACGCCGACCAGCGCCGCGCUGCCCAUCUGGCUCGCUGACGAGCUGUGGGUCGACGAAAAUCAGGUCUUGGAUUCGGAAGAGACGCCGGUGCUGCUCACAAAGAAGCAGCUCAAAAGGAAGGAGUUCGAGGAGAGGAAGGAGAAGUUUGCGCUCGAAGCGGCCGAGAAGAAGAGGAAGAGCCUGGACGGCCCAGUCGCGCCCACGCCGAAGAAAGCCAAGCUGAUCGAAAGCGGGAAGAGGGCGGUCAAAGUAUGAUUGGGAUUCGCGCAUACGGAAAGGGCGUUUACGGUAAAGAAAAUAGUUUGUGGAGUACAUGAAAUGUCAUUUGGAUUGGCGCUGACUUUGGCUUAACUUUUUUUUGGUACCUCUAUGUACAUGGAUUCGUGAGCUAGAGGUUUGCUUCCAAUCAUGGGCACCUAGUAAACAGUUUUAAAAAAAAAAUAAAUGAAAACUUGUC